GGCGGGGUAGUCGUGCUGUGAUCUAUUGUGAGUCGCUAACCUCCCUCCAUUGACCCUCCCAGACAGGUUGUGCAGUCGAAUACAUCCACCUUCUCGCUGUAGUAUCGUGCCCCCCAUCAUGGCAUCUCUGUUGUCCCCAAUAGCUCGUCGAAGCCUGCUUGGGCAAUCAAUCCUCACGUCCGCCGCGACCGCAAGCCAUCGCCGAACUCUGAUGACCCUGCCAUCGUUCUCCCUCGAAGGCAAGACAUGCUUAGUGACUGGCGCAGCUCGCGGACUGGGAAAGGAAUUCUUGACGGCUUUCGCUCUUAGUGGUGCUCGAGGGGCAUGCGUAGACCUUUCGCUGCAAGCUGGACAAUCGUCAGUGAAGCACAUCACCGAGCACAUUUCCUCCCAAUCAUCGACACCAUCUUCCUAUAUUCCCGAGUUACGAGCCUAUGCCUGCGAUGUUACAUCCGAAGAACAAGUUCAGGAGACAUGGGAGUCAGUUGUCAAGGACUUUGGCAAGGUAGACGUUGUGGUGACUGCUGCAGGAAUUGUUGAGAAUUUCGAGGCCGAGAACUACGAAUACUCUCGUUGGCUAAAGAUGUUCGAUGUCAAUGUGAAUGGAAGCUUUCUUUUUGCAAAAGCGGCGGGAAGACACUGGAUAGACAACGAGAUCAAAGGCAAUUUGAUAUUGGUGUCCAGUAUGAGUUCUAUCAUUUGCGUACGUCCACAAAAGCAAGCGGCGUACAACGCGUCUAAAGCAGCCGUUUCGUUACUUGGAAGAAGUCUUGCAACAGAGUGGGGACCAAAGGGAAUCCGAGUCAACAGCCUCUGUCCGGGCUACAUGAAAACUGACCUCAUUGUCAAUCUUCUUGCAAAAGAAGGUCGCCAUAUCGAGGACGGGUGGGUGAAAGACGUUCCUAUGGGACGACUAGGGCGCCCAUCAGAGCUACAAGGCACGAUUGUGUGGAUGGCCAGUGAUGCAAGUUCCUACCUCAACGGAAGUGAUAUUGUCGUUGAUGGUGGGUACUGUUGUUGGUGAGAAUGUUUUGAACAAUAGUGCAAACAUUACCCCUAAGCCUUCCUACUAAUAACGAAACAUCCCUUCCUUGGAUAUGUCCUUCCUUGCAUAUGUCAAUUAAGAUUUUGGGGGGUUAUUCUUCUGUCGAUAAUUUCCGCGGCCGCUG